AGUAUACUAACUUAAUGAAUUUUGUAUUUUUGGAACAACCCUUUCUGUUUUUCUUCCAUUACUUCAUUAAUGAAUUGAAUCCUUUAAUUUUUCUUUGAAAUUUGUUUUCCUUUCCUAUAGGAAACACAACAGUGCUAGAAAAAAGCAAAAAAAAGGUUUAUAAUUAUGGUUUUUUUUUUCUGAAUGAUUGAUAGUGACCCAGUUACUGUGUUUUAUCAGGCAAUGCGAGUUAUCAUACAGAGCAAAAUGAAAUUCCCACUUUUGUAAAAUCAAAAAAGAAAAAUCCUAGUUUUUCAUCAUUUCCUUAUAUUCCUUUGUAAUUUUGUUGAAUUAAAAAAAAACUUCAGAAAAAACCAAAAGAUUUUCAAUUGCUACAAAUAGAACUGGUUUUUGUUAAAUUUUGUAGUAAUUGGCCAUUAACCACCAGACAGUUUUGAGUUCAAAGUUUGAAACUUUAGAAGAGCGCCAGCCUUGAAAUACGAGCACAUCAAGUGGACCCCACAAAAUGAUGACGUGGCGAGACCGGAAUGGGUGAAAAGUCAGAAGGUUGUAAUGAAGUGUGGUGGUGAAGUGGGGAAGACGAGAGAAUUAUGAUUUGAGCAAUGGUCAAAGUCAUAUGUACACACUUGUCCACUACAAAACACUCAAAAACAUAGAGCUUGUCAUGUUCUUUUUUUCUUUUGUUGCCCCUAUCUCUCUGCUAUUUGUCUAGAAAGGUUGAAACUUUAGAGUGAGAGAAAGAAAGGGAAAACAUAGCCUCAUUAGAGAGAGAUCUAAAAUGGAGUAUGAAAGAAUAGACACAGUUCAGAGUAGUAUUUCACCAAGUAAAUUGAGGAUGAAGCUAAUGGGGCCUCAUCAUAUGAGAAAAAAAGAUGGAUCAAAGAGCAAUUCUUCUAGAACAUCUCCUUCUAGGAUUGAAGAUGCUGAGUUUAUCAACAGUCUCUUAGCCUCUAAAAAUGAAGACUUUGACAAUGAAGUUAAAGUAUCUAAUGAGUUAGUGAUGGAUUCUAGUCAGUCAAAAGAAUCAUUCCCAAGGGAGAACAUUGAAGGAUGCCCUGCUAAAUUGCAGCAAUUCUCGAAGAGCGAUAACAGUAAUUCGAGCUCGGUUCAUCCGAUGAGGACAUUUGAAGAUGAAAAUCUCGAUUCUGAUAGUAAUGCCAGUUCGUCGAGCUUUGAGUUUCAUAAAGGGGAGAGAGCGGUGCACGGUUCCGUGACAAGGACAUAUUCCAGACCUACGUCGUCUAAGUGGAACGAUGCGGAGAAAUGGAUAAUGAACCGACAAAACGUGCAAGCUAUUAAUGCCAAGAAGAAUGCAGUUCACGGCCAAGCUAAUAACCGAUUUCCAAUUACGAAUAUGAUGAGAGUUGCUCCAGAGUCUGCAAACCCUGACCAUCGAUUACAUGUUAAUCGAGUAGCUGAUGCUAUGCAGAUGCCAUUCGAAAAGUUCUCUUUUAUGCCUUCGGGAGCUCAAAAUUGGGAGAUGGAUUUGUCUUGUAAGAAAAGUUCAGCUGAAGAUACAACAGUUCUGCCCACAAUUCGAUCCGUUUGUAUGAGAGAUAUGGGAACUGAAAUGACCCCUGUUACAAGUCAAGAGCCAUCUAGGACCUCUACUCCUGUAGGGGCAACAACCCCGCUCAGAAGUCCAACAUCUUCGGUACCCUCUACUCCUCGUAGCGGGGCACCAACAUCAGCACCUUUGAAUCACAUUACAGAUUCUGAGUCACAUCAUCCUGGCGAUAGCGGCAAGCAAGAAUUGUCCGAGCAAGAAAUGAAGCUCAAGACGAGGAGAGAGAUCGUAGCCCUUGGUGUCCAGCUUGGGAAGAUGAAUAUUGCUGCUUGGGCAAGCAAAGACGAGAAGGAGAAGGACACAUCUUCAGUCGAAACCACUAAUAUAGAGGAGCUUGAACGGAUUGAAUAUGAAAAACGAGCAGCUGCAUGGGAGGAAGCCGAAAAGUCUAAGCAUAAUGCAAGGUAUAAGCGCGAGGAGAUAAAAAUUCAAGCAUGGGAGAGUCAGCAGAGAGCAAAACUAGAAGCGGAAAUGCGGAGAAUCGAGGCAAAAGUAGAGCAAAUGAGAGCCCAAGCUCAAACACAGAUGGUGAAGAAGCUUGCUAUGGCAAGGCAAAGAGCAGAGGAAAAACGAGCUGCAGCUGAAGCCAGAAAAAAUCGAGAUGCCGAAAGAACUUCUGCUCAAGGGGAAUAUAUUCGCCGAACCGGAAAAUUGCCAGCAUCAUCUCAUUACAUGUGUUGUGGUUGGCUGUCAUAAUAUAAGCACCACAAUUGAUAACGGCAAAAUGUCUCAAUACUCUUAUUGAGCCAAAGUAGCAUCUCUUACUCUUUUUUGUGUGCAUUAGCCAUGGCCUAAUGAACUGUUAUUGGCUGCCUUGGGUCCUUUUUUGUGGUGUUACAUGAAAAAUUGAAAUGAAUAGUGCAAUUGAUGCAUGGCCAUGAAAACUUGGGCUUGAGCCUCAACCUUUCAAAAAGACUAGAUUGGACAGGACAUGCAGUGGUCAGGGCUUCAAGUUGUUUGAUGUUCGGCAUAAUUUGGGCCCUUGGUGAAGGGCCAUUGGCAAUAAUGCAAGUUGGGAAUAUGAACUUAUCCAAAUGUAGAAAUAGGAACAUGUUUUAAGGUAAA